CCAGAAAUAUGUAGCAUAGCCAGUGAGAGAAACAAAAUGACAGGUUUUGGCCCCAUUCAACAAGCCUAUCCUUACCUUCUUAAGACAAUUUAGAGAGCGGGGCUGGAGCAAACAAGUAAGGCCUUCUCUUCUAGCUAUGAGCAGUCACUGAAGAAUGUGUCAGCAUGUCAAAUAUAGAAUGGUGGGUGUUGUUUUAUUAUUAUUAUUAACCUGAAGAAAAGAGAAAGAAAACGUCCCAAUUUGUGUCCCAUUGCUUGAUAAAGGGCGAGUAGGUGGAAACAUCAGGCGUUAAGGGGACACCUUGUUCUAUCUAGCCUGAAAAUAGACGAGAAAUGCCGGGCUUCUGCGCCGCCCACAUCUGCCGUGCAAACUCGAAAGUAGUAACAGCUAGAGUGGAAAAAAAUAUCCACAGAAAUUGCAGCCGCAGCAGCUGCUCCCUUCCAAGCCUUCCCGGUGUACAAAAGGGGCUUUCUCUCGCCCCGACACAUUUGACAAACUCCUUCCUUCCUUCCUUCCACGAUUUUUGCGGCCGCCCGCAGGCACGGAAAUGCCCCAAGCGUCGCUGUGCCGGCUGUCUCGAGCGCGGUGGGACCCGCUGCCUCACAAAACGCAUCCCGAGCUCAGCGGGCGCGUGUCCUAGUCAUUAAAACACACACAAAAGAGAAGUCAAGCGAAGCAGCGGCGCCCGUAAUAGGAAAGCGAAGGGAAUAUAUAGCCCUUGGCUUGGCGCACGCCGCGCUCUAGCUAAACGGCAUGGGAGGCGGAGGGGUGUAAUGGCAGAGCCUGCGGUCGCCACUGGGCUAAACGCCGCCGCCUCUCGGCCACCCCCACCCCCUCCACCUUGACUGGCGAGCCGAGCGCUUGGGAGCUUCGACGCCGGUGACGCGGGGCGCGCGGCGCUCUAGCCUAAGGUGGCCGCCAUAGCCGCGGUUGCUGUUGCUAGGCGACGGGAGGGCGGGAAGGACGGGGCGAGGCUCCUCCUCGUUUCCUUCCCUCGCGCCGCCUUGUGGGUUUGUGGAGCCGCUGCCUCUCGCUUCUUGCCGCCAGUCCUGCUCUGGGGAGGCGAGGGAAGCUGGCGCGGCAGGGUUGGCGGCCGGGGUUUCGGUGUGUCGAAAGCCCGGGCGCGUUUCCCCUUUGCCGGGCCCCUCUCUAUCCGCUCCGACGAAGCACGAGUAGCGUCCGCACCCUUUCCGGAAAUUCCCGGGCGGAUCGUACAACGGGGCUCUUUUCGUGGUCGAGGUUCGGAUGCCUUUUUAACCGGUCUAGCUCGCCUCGAACGGGGGAGCUGAGCUGAGUUACGGCGGCAUUCAGAGUCGGGUUCGGGCGACCCUUUUGUCCCGGCCCCGCUUGCAAACUGUCCGGGCCCGGGAGGAACUUUCGUCCUUCCAGCCACCCGCCGGGUAGGCAGCGGGGCCGGGACUUUUCACCAACGUGGCCAGAACUUGAUUGUUGGAGCGGCCGUUGACGUUGGGCCGGUGCGCGUCGGAGGAGACCCGGGGCUGAUCUCUUGGGGCUGUUUUCCGCCUGGCGUAGGAUGGCGAUGAAGCUGAGCCGGCAGUUCACGAUAUUCGGCAGCGCGAUCUUCUGCGUGGUGAUCUUCUCCCUCUACCUGAUGCUGGAUCGGAGCCACUUGGACAGCCCCAAGAACCACCGCCGGGAAGGCUCCUUCCCCCAGGGUCAGCUUUCAAUACUGCAAGAGAAAAUAGACCACUUGGAACGUUUGCUGGCGGAAAACAAUGAAAUUAUUUCAAACAUAAGAGAUUCUGUGAUCAAUUUGAGUGAAUCUGUCAAAGAUGGACAACAUAAUCCAGAAGUGUUAAACUUUAAUCAAAGAAAUUUUUCAGAAGUAUUGCCUCUUGCCACUGCAUAUCUUUCAAUUGAGCCUGAAGAUUGUCAGUUUGCUUCAAAGAUUGGAAGUCAAGCUUCAGAUGUUCAAAUGCUGAAAGUCUAUGACAUUCUUCCUUUUGAUAAUCCAGAUGGUGGAGUUUGGAAGCAAGGGUUUGACAUCACUUAUGAUGAACAUGAGUGGGAUGAUAAACCUCUUCAAGUUUUUGUUGUACCUCACUCACAUAAUGAUCCAGGUUGGCUGAAGACAUUUGAUGACUACUUCAGAGAUCAGACACAACAUAUUCUCAAUAACAUGGUUCUUAAACUUCAAGAAGAUAAAGGAAGGAAAUUUAUGUGGUCUGAAAUCUCUUAUUUUUCAAAGUGGUGGGAUGGAAUAGAUAGUCAGAAGAAGGAUGCUGUGAAAAGGUUAAUAGAAGAUGGCCAAUUUGAAAUUGUAACUGGAGGUUGGGUCAUGCCUGAUGAAGCUUCUCCUCAUUAUUUUGCUUUAAUUGACCAACUGAUAGAAGGACACCAGUGGCUAGAGAAAGCUGUAGGAGUAAAGCCAAAAUCUGGCUGGGCAGUUGAUCCAUUUGGACAUUCACCAACUAUGGCUUAUCUUCUAAAACGUGCUGGAUUUUCCAAUAUGCUAAUACAGAGAGUUCAUUACUCAGUUAAAAAACAUCUUGCAACCCAGAAAGCACUAGAAUUCUUUUGGAGACAGAGUUGGGAUUUGGGAUCUGAUACAGAUAUUCUCUGCCAUAUGAUGCCUUUCUAUAGCUAUGAUGUUCCUCAUACUUGUGGGCCAGAUCCUAAAAUCUGCUGCCAAUUUGAUUUUAAGCGACUUCCUGGGGGAAGAGUUAGUUGCCCCUGGAGAGUUCCUCCAGAAGCUAUUCAUUCUGGAAACGUUCAGCACAGGGCAUGGAUGAUUUUAGAUCAAUACAGAAAGAAGUCAAAGCUUUUCCGUACCAAUAUUUUAUUGGCUCCACUAGGAGAUGAUUUUCGCUAUAGUGAAAGUUCGGAAUGGGAUCAGCAAUAUCAGAAUUAUCAGAAGUUGUUUGAUUAUAUGAAUUCUCAUCCUGAGUUCCAUGUGAAGGCUCAGUUUGGAACGUUAUCAGAUUAUUUUGAAGCGCUACAUAAAGCUGGCAAAUUGGAUGGAAAGAGCGGUAAUUCAGUGUUCCCUGUUUUGAGUGGAGAUUUUUUCACCUAUGCAGACAGAGAUCAUCAUUAUUGGAGCGGAUAUUUUACAUCACGACCUUUCUACAAGCGCUUUGAUAGAGUUCUAGAAUCAUAUUUAAGAACUGCAGAAAUUCUAUAUUCUUUGGCUGUGGUACAAUCCAAAAAGUUUGAGAAAACAAAAAUGUUUCCUUCAGUAGACUACUAUAGAUUGCUGACAGAGGCGAGAAGAAAUCUGGGACUUUUUCAGCAUCAUGAUGCUAUCACAGGAACUUCAAAAGAUUGGGUGGUUGUAGAUUAUGGCACAAGGCUUUUUCAUUCAUUAAUGAACUUGAAGGAGAUCAUCACUGAAUCCGCUCACAUUCUUAUUCUGAAGGACAAAGAAAUGUAUAGCUACAACGCAGCAACACCAUUCUUUACAAUGGAUAUUACUCAAUCUUCACAAGACUCUUUGCCACAUAAGACUGUCAUACAGCUGGGAAAACAGCCAAGGCACGUUUUGAUUUAUAACCCUUUGGAACAAGAACGUUCAUCGGUGGUUUCACUCUAUGUGAAUACACCUAGAGUUAAAGUACUCUCUCCAUCUGGAAAAGCAGUUGUGGUCCAACUUAGUGCAGUAUGGGAUGGAACAUCUAAAAUAUCACAUGAUACAUACCAGAUCUCUUUCUUAGCUCAAUUACCUCCUUUGGGUUUUGGAGUUUAUGAGCUUCUAGAGGGACUGAAUUCAGAAACUGGACUUGCUGAUUAUAAUCUGUACCAUAAUGAUAAAGCUAAGUUAGUCAAGCCAUACAGAAUAUUUACUGUUAAAGAGAUACAGAACGCUUUGGAUGAGAUCAUGUUAGAGAAUCAUUACAUGAAAAUCUGGUUCUCUGGGAAUUCUGGACUUGUUGAGAAAGUAAAUACAAAAGACGAUAAUAAAAACUAUCGGGUAAAGUUGGAGUUUGCUUGGUAUGGAACUUCCAGUAACAGAGAUAAAAGUGGAGCUUAUCUCUUCCUGCCAGAUGGAGAGGGCAAGCCUUACGUUUUUUCUGAUCCACCUAUCAUACGAGUGACACAUGGGAUAAUUUUUUCUGAAGUUACUACUUUUUUCAGUCAUGUGACACACACUGUACGACUUUAUAAAGUUCACGGAUUAGAAGGUCAGUCUCUUGAAAUAUCCAAUAUUGUGGACAUAAGAGGAGAAUACAAUCGUGAGAUUGCAAUGAGAAUUUCAUCUGAUAUAGAAAGCCAUAAUAAAUUUUAUACUGACCUCAAUGGAUAUCAGAUUCAGCCUAGACAGACAAUGAGUAAAUUGCCUCUUCAAGCAAAUUUUUAUCCAAUGUCUACAAUGGCUUAUAUACAAGAUAGCAAGAUUCGCUUGACCCUUCAUUCUGCUCAGUCUCUUGGAGUUGCAAGUUUAAAAAGUGGCCAGUUAGAGGUUAUCAUGGAUCGUCGACUUAUGCAAGAUGAUAAUAGAGGCUUGGGGCAAGGUGUACAGGACAACAAAAUAACAGCUAAUCUGUUUCGACUUCUGCUGGAGAAAAGAAAUGAAGUAAAUAUGAAAGAAGAACAGUCACCUGUCAGCUACCCUUCUCUACGCAGUCAUAUAACAUCAUCUUUUAUAAAUCAUCCUGUGAUUCCAAUGAUUACUUCUGCAGGCAGCUUUAUCCCUUCACUUUUGAAUACUUUUUCUCCUUUAAUUUCAUCUAUGCCAUGUGAUAUGCAUAUAGUUAACCUGAGGACAAUACAGUCAAAGACAGAUUCGGGGCCAUCUGAAGAAGCUGCCUUGAUUUUUCACAGAAAGGGUUUUGAUUGUAGAUUUGCAAACACAGACUUAGGGCUCCUUUGUUCCACCACUCAGGGAAAGUUAAGGGUGUACAAACUCUUUAACAAAUUCCAUGUGGAAAGCCUAAUACCUACGUCCCUAUCUUUGAUGCAUUCAUCUCCAGAUGCCAGAAAUAUCAGUGAGAUUAAUAUGAAUCCUAUGGAAAUUAACACAUACAGAAUUCAAUUGAGAUGAAACCUGAUGUUUGGACUUGGAUACUAAAGAAGAAUAUACAAUUCUAUGUCUUCUCAAAGAUUGAUGUGCAAUAAGAAGCACAUUUUAAUCCCGGCUUCUAGAUACUAUGACAAUGCAUUCAUUUGAUCUUAAAUGCCAUAAAAGCCAUGAUGCAAACAGUUUUUCUUAUUCUCUAAUAAAAUGCCAACACCAGUAUACAUGAAUACAAGAACUGAGGGAGAAACAAAGGAUAUUAUCUCUCAUCAACAAAAUGAAUCUCAGGUUAAAUAUUAGUUUAUGACUUCUAAGUUCAUAAUUUGUACCUGAAAGGGAGCUAACACUGAAUUUAAAUUGUUUUCUGAUCCCUGUCUGACUCUUAAAUACAUACAUUGUUGAAAUCACAGUUGGAGAUUGAACCUGAAAAUUCUCUGGUGAAGCUAUUGUCCAAAUACUUGUAAAGACUUCUAUAAAUUAUUAUUUCAGCUUUUCCACAAGGAGUCUGCAUUUAUCCCACUCUAUCUAACUCUAGAGUGAAAUCCAAGAACCUUUGAGAAAUGUGGAAGAUUUUAAUAUUAGCCAACCAUCGUGAACUGUGGAACUUAAUUCUGGAAUUAUACAUCUUUUUUGGAAAAUAUGUUGAAUCUGUUUUGUUACUUGACACAUUGGGAUACGUGCAAUUACUCCAGAAUACAGAAUAAGGAAGAUGGAAGUCUGAGUACAAGGUUUUUUUUACUGAAUACUUGGAUACUAAUGCUCUCUGAAUUGUGUUUUCUAUUUCAAUUUAACCUUAUCAAAAUAAAUGUGCCUUAUUUUUUUGUAUAAGUGUUGUUACUUUUUAUGUGUCCAUACAAGAAACAGGACAAAGUGGGGUUAACAGUUAAAAGAAACUGUUCCUUUUAAUUGACAGUAAUGGCCACAUUCUGAUCUACUGCAGCCUAUGUGACCUAAUGGUGCUCUGAACACUAUGAAUGUAGAAAAAAUAAGCUUAUAAAACAAAUACAUGAAUAAAAAAUGAAAAAUUAAUCAUUUGCUGGCAAAUAAACAUUUGAAGGCUGGCAGAAAUUUGUCGUGCAUUACAACAUCAUGUGCCUCUCUUUAAAAUACUGUUGUACAAACUCAGUAUUUAUGGUUAUUGUAGCCAAUUUAGCUUCUUUGCAUCAAGCAUUUUAUGUUAAGUUCUUGAAGCCAUGUGGCUUUAAAAUUUUCAUCUCUAAAGCUUUUUUUUUUAAGAAUUAUUUAAAGCUGCAGUCCUAUUAAACCAUUGAAAACGAUUGCAAUCUAGUACCUUCUAGGUAUUUUAGACUUCAGCUGCUGUCACUCCCAUUGAAAAAAGCAAACAACAAGGGGUUGUGUGUGGAAGUUAUAGUCCAGAGUAUCUAAAGGACAUCAGUUGGUAUUUUUUGCUGUAAGAACAUUAAGUUCUGUUGAGCUUAAUGGACUUCAGUCAAGAAAUGUACUGUAUAAGCUUGCGCAAUAAAUUGUAGUUCAGUACGAUUCUAGUUUAUUUCAUUUUUUAAGUUCCUUUAAAACAAAUAACUCGAGUAUUGCUUUUAGGUUCAUAUAUUUUGUACUCUAUUCAAUAUAUGUGUGUAUUAUUAAUUUAGCCACCGUUCCAAACUUUUAAUACAUUUUAUCAUAUUCAGUGUUGAAGGUCCCCAUUAUAGUUUCUCUACUUCAGUUAUAGGAGAGUGUCAUCUGUGCUAUUAAAAAGUCAGAGAGCAUAAGGAACUGAAAAUAAAUUUAUGCAAUAAGUGUACACCUUUGAAUACUUUUAUUUUAAUGGAAUUUUAAGUGCAGAACCUUUCUGUCACUGUUACUUACAGUUGUCAUAGAACUAUAUGUUUUAUAGGUUGCCCCUCCCAAAAUUAUUCAGCAUAUUAUACCAAUAACCAUUUCAUAAGUGUUUAUCUUUUUACUGUAGAAUGUUUUAAUUUUUUUUUUACCCAAAGUUGUUUAGGAGUUGGAUCACCUAUAAAUUAAGUAAAAUAAGUAAAUGUUAAAUAGUAAAAUAAGCACCAAUAACAUAAUUAUAGUAUGACUAGCAUAAAGCUAGUAAUACUAGUUCCUAGUUCCUUCCAGAUAUUUAAAAGUUAGAUUCUUACAGUCUUUAUAUGGGAGUUCUAAGCUAGGACAUCUGGAAGGCAUUGGACUAGGCAGGAUUGUAGCUGAAUAGGAAUGGAACUUAUGUUGUAUAUACUUCCUGAAUCUUUAUGCCAUACAGAAAACAACCAAAUGACAAAAGAUUUGCUCAAUACUGAGAAAUGCCUAGUAUUCUUUUUAAUAUGUUUUAAAUACAACUCUACAAAUUUUCCUCCCGUAUAGGUGAUUUUAUUAUGCUAAAACAGUGCCCACAUCCAAAUCUUGCUGUCAAAACUUAAUUUUAAAAGAUUGCAUUGAAAAUUUGGUCACCUCUUGUGGGGAACCUGAUUGCAAAGGGGAUCUGCAGUCCUAUCCUAAACCCACCUAAUAAUUAUUGAAUCUAAUGUAUCUUUCUAGUAAAGGAUUCUGAUCUUUGUUUUAUGACUUUUAAAGUCUUAAACUGUACAAUCAUGUCUAAAUUAUUAACUAUACUUUGCUUUAUUUCAUAAUACGGCCUUUUGCAAUAGUAGUAAUUGAUUGUAUACAUUCUGAAGUCCAAUUUGUAGCAUUUAUUUCUCUAGGAAAUUGAUAACUUCUCAGUUUUUUGUGGUAUAAUUUCUAGUACCUAUGCAGAUAUGAUCCAGAGUUUGCCCCCCAAAAACAAAAUUCUUUCAUAGUAAGCAUAUGAUCUAAAAGAAGGAACUUUCUAAUGAAUUGAGAGAUCAUUUUUGUUGAUUUCUCCUUGCAACCUCUUUAAAUCUGUUCUAGAAAGAUUGGGAGUCUUUGGAGUAGUUUAGGUGGAGUGAUUAAUGGGGAAGGGAAUUGAUGAAAAUUGCUUCGCUUCAUGUCUCUGUAAAUGAAAGCAUUAUGAGCAAAAGUCUGUUCAAGGGAUGCUACCGCUGGUAAAUUCUGGAUCCCAUCUUGGGUAUUUUAAUAUCAGUUUGUAUAUACCACAUAUUAAGCAGUUAAAAGAUUGUAUUUGCUGCCCUUAGUAAAGCUGAAACCAAAUUUCUGUAGGAAUGUUGUGGAUUUUGAAUAUUCCUUUACAUUUUGAUUUUUUUUGAAACCAACUGGUUUAAUUUGAAUGAUCAUUUUCAUAUCUUUAUUUUCCAUAUAUUUUUUCUUCUUGCAGGGGGGAGUGUAAAGUGUUGCCAAUAAAAAUUCUGUUAUGAUAACCAUG